AUGGCGUCGCCUUGGUCUUAUCGAGCUGGCGCGGGACGUUACUCGUUAGUACCAGCCCUUAUGCUGCUCGUGAUGUAUAGCUUCGCGUCGCAGCACCAGCCACGAGCCACUGCGUUCUCUCUCAGGGUAGCGUCUCCGUUCCGCACUCGCACGCACGAGGAAGAUGAUCGAUCCGCGUCGCCGGCGAUCGCGCGACGAAAGCUCGCGUCGUCGCUGCCGUGCACGAACUCGUCGCUCUUCGGCUACGCUUACGCCGUGCAACUCGGCGACGGGUACGCGCGCCGCGUAGUUGAAUCGCACCACCGUUUCCCGCCGUUCUGCUGCCCAUCACAUGUCAGUCCCUUCAUCCCUCCAUCAUCUCUCCCUCUGCCCUUCCUUUUUGUCCUUCAUCCCCUCCUCCCCCCCUUCCCCCCUUCCCCCCUUCCUCCCCCAGUCUCAUUCUGCACUGGAAACCCCAGUCUCAUCCUGCACUGGAAGCCGCAGGUCGGCCGUGUGACAGACAUGGCGCUACAGGCCGUGGCGCUCUCGGGCGCGCAGAAGGGGUGGAUCUCCGUGGGGUGGUCGGGCGACGGGCCGAUUCUCAUUCUCCACUGGAAGCCCCAGGUCGGCCGCGUGACAGACAUGGCCUUACAGGCGGUGGCCUUAUCAGGCGCGCAGAAGGGGUGGAUCUCCGUGGGGUGGUCGGGCGACGGCCGCAUGUCGCGCAGCGACGCGGUGGUGGGGAAUGUGGCGGGAUACCCCAGCAACAUCGUUGCGCUGUACCUGGCGGGGCGAAACUUCGCGGAUGUGAAGCCUGCUGGAUACGACCUGGGCAGGACGGUUCUGGAGCAGGGCUCUACUGGCUCGUUUGUCAUCAAGUUCUCCCGGCGGGUGGACGAUGGGACAGUUCGGUUUGACCCCACAGGCGCCAACACGCUCAUCUGGGCAUACUCCGCCGAUCCUGGAUCAACAGAGCUCGGCUUCCACGGGGGAAACAAGGGAUCAGCACUGGUGGACUUCUCGUGCACGGGCAAGCCAGCAGGCUCUCUAGCCCAAAGGAGCUCUUGGUUAGGGGCAGCGCUGGCAGUUGUGGCCAUACUCUGCCUUGCUUUGUAA